AUGGCCCGGGCCACCCCACGCUCCAAUCCUAACUAUGAUGUGCAUUUCUCGGAUUCAACCAUCAAGACCAUUUUCCGGAGAAGUCUUCCUGUCGUCAAGGCGGAACACGUGUCAAUCGAGCAAAUCCCAUCGGGCAAAUCUUUCAACAACCGAAUUUAUUUCAUCAAUCUCAACGAGCCCACCACUCUAUCAAGGCCCAAGUGGACGGCGACAAGGACAGACGCCACUCAAAGCGUCGGGGUGGAUGAGGCGGCUUCAUUUGUACUGAAAGUCGCAGGCUCCUCCUUCGGCCCUUCCAAACCACAGAACGAGGUAGCGUGUCUCCUUCUGCUCGAGCGGUACUGUCCAUCCGUCCCUGCGCCGAGAGUGGUUGCAUGGUCAGACGACGGAAGUAGGAUAAGGACACCUCUUGACCCUCGAGGUUCCCGGGCUCGUUCGCCAUCAUGGGUCCUAAGGACGCUGACGAGGGUGAGUCGUCAGAACGGUGAGAGCAAGUAUGGCGAAAUGGAAACCAAGGGGCGAGGUUGGAUACUCAUGACCCGUGUCCCUGGCAGAAUCAUCAGCAUGGAGGACCUCACUGGCGUCCAUGGGAAUACGAUCAUGACCCAGAUGGCCGAACUUGUCGCGACAUGGCGCAAGCAAAUGCCGCCAGCACGAGCAAUAGGCAAUCUACGGCUCAUGGGUCGAACUCUGGUGCCGCCUCCAUCCGCCACAUUGUACGACAGGGCCAUCCUGCCGGGACUGGAUGUAUACGUGGACGGCUUGAUCGCCAACGAGUCACCCACAACGCCGCUGAACACCUCCUUGAAGUACUUCACGCACAAAUUGAAAGCUGAACUGCGACGACUCAAGACCGGAGAGCUCUACGAAUAUAACAAGGAACCCGUCUCGAAAGUGGUGCAACGUUUCAUCAAAGAAGCCUUGCCCAGACUAUCCAUGUUCGACCAUGGGCCCGAGACAUUCGUUUUCACUCAUUACGACCUGUCGCCGCGGAAUGUUCUUGUGUCUGCUACAACUUCGGGCGUCGAAGUCACGGCCGUGGUGGACCUGGAAUUUGCAGGCUUCUUCCCCCUCCCGGAAGAGUUUGCAAACACUGUGGAGAACAAUCAGCAAGAAUGGCCGCCGCAUGCGUAUGAGGUCUUUCUCUCCACAUUGAAGCGCCUAGAAGCUCUGCCCGAGGCACUCUCCCAGUCACUCCUCUCACCUUCUUUAGGCGGUACCGCCGACAUUGCUUUUGGAGGUCCCGAGUUCCAUCAGGCAGUCCUCCUUGCGCGCAUCGUCGGAAACACUGCCCCAUGGUGGGUGAAGCAGGAAAGUGGCCUGAGCGAUGAAGAGUUGAAGCGGGAAUUGACCAUGGCGAGGGAGAGCGUGGAAAAGGCUGUGGAAAAACUGGAGGGCAUGGCCGGCAAAGAGCCCCAGUCGUAA